AUGGCGGAGGGUGGGUUCGAGUUGGGAGUGGUCUCGGAGCCGUACUGGAUUCCGAGGGACCACCCCAACUGGUUUACGGAUCCUACUGGAGAGGGGGUCGCAAUUUCGUGGCGACCAACAGCGACGCCACGCCCGUGCUCCAAGCUUGGAGCCGGGCACGGAUUCGUGGCAGUUGAGUGGGGAGAGUGGGUGGUACUGGGGUGUUACGCCCCACCAAGUUGGAAACUCCCCUUUUUCAAGAUCUUCCUGGCAGGGCUGGGGGACAGCAUCCGCGGAUGCCUCCCCCGGCCGACGUUGGUUGCGGGGGACUUCAACGCGUGGUCUACGCUAUGGAGUUCCUCGCAAACCAACGGGAAAGGAGGGGAGAUGGUGAACUGGGCGGCGGCAUUUGGCCUGUGUCUCCUAAACACGGAUUCGAGGAGCACCUGCGUGCGUACCCGGGGGGAGUCCAUUGUGGAUCUCACGUGGGCUUCCCCGUCGGCCGCGCGCAGGAUCACGGGUUGGUGGGUGGGCGAAGAUCUGGACUCGGGGCCCGAUCACAGAUACAUCGUGAUCGAGGCCUCGACCACCCCCACCGGACAGCUCGGCCGCCGUCGGCGUAACACCCGCAGGGGAUGGGUCCUCAGGAAGAUCAAUGAGGACAUCCUGAUGGCGGUCAUUCUGGUGGAAUCCUGGCCAAAGCCAUCUGGCCAGGCCGUGGACCUGGAGGAGGAGGCCACGAGGGUCGUGAGCAUGGUUGAAGACGCGUGUGAGGCGUCUAUGCCACGAUCUAGAUGGUCCCCCGGUAAGGCUAUGUACUGGUGGACCGAGAAGAUCGCCGAGUUCAGGCGUCUUUUCUCGGCCGCCAGACGUACAUUCCUGCGAGUGCGCAAAAGGGGGGAUCACGCCAGAAUGACGGAAGCUCUGGAGGGGUUUCGGGCUGCGCGGAACGCCCUGCGAGCCGCCAUCAGGAAGGAGAAGGCUAGGGCAUAG